AUGGCGAAUGAUGAUAUAGAAUUUAAGGUAGAUGUCCUUGGGGAAAUCUUCUCCCGCUUGCCCUUGAAAUGUGUUGUUCAAUGUAAACUUCUAUCCCAGAAUAUUAAGGGUAUGAUUUGUCAUUCUGACUUUGCCCAAACUUUGUUUCAACGUCAUAAAGACACUUCUACCCAACUCAUCUAUACAGUAUAUGAUGGAGCAGCACAAAAACGAUUCGACAAAAUCUCCUUAAACCCAAUCACUCAAUCUGUGUCUACUUUACCCGAUGAAAUUGAGAUUUUGGCCUCAUGUAAUGGUCUCAUUCUCAUUGACUUUGAAGGAGUUAGGCGUUACUGUGUUUUCAAUCCCAUGACUGAAGAGCGCCAAUUGAUACCAUACCCAAACUCUUCUACAAAUGAUUUAGAAAAAAUAGGUCUAGCGGUUGAUUACCCGAAGUCAGAUCAAUACAAAUUGGUAACCGUCAGUAGCCUGGUUGAAAAUUCCAACUUGUUAUACAAAUUUCACCUACUUUCAUCAGAGCAACCUGGAUUGUGGCGAGAAAUCCAACUGACAACCAAUACUGUCCAAUCUUUACCUGUUGGUAGUCGAGCUGUUUAUUGGCGCAAUUCUCUGUAUUGCCUCAGAAAGGACGGUAGUGUUCUAGCUUUUGAUACGAAAAGAGAAGAGGCUAUACUAAUUGACCGUCCUGAGUUUCUUGAUCAUUUUGAUCUCAGCUAUGGUAAAAUUUUGAGUGGUCAGAGUAUAUGGCUAGGGAAGGCGCAAGGUUUACUUACCCUUGUAUGCAUUUUCAGAAUGCACAUAGUCAUUGCUAUUUAUGGGAGUGCAAGCAGACGUUGGAGGGUUUCCCACAAUUUGGGCAACUUUAUUUUAGGUCCAGAAGGCACUAUUAAUGGCUUUCCAGUAUGGAUCGACAACAAGCAAGUGUAUUUUCUGGUACAACGUCCCCUGACACUGUUUUAUGAUCUAUACGAGUAUAAUACUAAUAUCAAUGUGUACGAACAUGCUGCAGUGUUGCACGGAGUUAAAUUUCCAAUGUAUUGCUUCCAUCCAACGUUAGCUGGUGCCCAUUACACACCCUCCAAUAAUAUAGAGGCUGAUGAUCAGGCGCAUAUUGCUGCAAAUUUGGACGACAUCAGAAGAUUUAUCAUCGAAGGUAUUCCCUUCCAAGAAGAAAGUUCAUCUGGAGAAUCAUCAUCAUCAUCAGAAGAAGAAGAA